AUGGCUACGGCAGUUUCCGCGUGUAAUACCCCAUCUCCUCCGUGUGCUAAGGAGAUAGCCUGCCAGCCCAGUGGUAUCAUACGCACCAUUUGCACGCAGGCGCCGCCACAACAUGGCGUGCGUAACGUCUUCGUCGCAGCGAGGAAAUCGGAAGGAGCAGAUGCUUGGGGCGGAUGCCUCCGCCUACUCAAGAGGAUGAAACAACAUGCGGACCACGACGAAUCACAACAUAAGCAUGGCAUGAGAGAUGUGGAAGAACUGGAAGCCUGCGAGUUAGUCGGCGGAUUGGGUGAAGCUCCUAGUAGGCUGCAUUGA